AUGGCGACCCAGUGGCUUGGAGCUAUCCCUCCUCCUCCAGGCGUCACGCCCAAUAUCAUCGACCCUCCGAGCCAGCUCUCCGGCAAUAUCGCCCUUCAUACAGUAUGCCUCACCCUGGCUACUGCGGCGGUCGCCAUGCGGGUUUACACCCGUACAAUCGUCACCUGUACAAAGAUGGGAGCAGAUGACUAUUUCUGUUUGGCUUCAUUUGUGCUGACAGUCGCAUUUUCCGGGUUGAUGAUAAAAUCAUAUACUCUGGGCAUUGGGCGGCAUUUAUGGGAUACUCCACCACUCUGGGUGCCACAUGCUUUGAAAUGGUUCACCUUUGCGCAAUACGUCUACUUGAUCCUGACCGCAACGAUUAAGCUCACAUUCCUUUUCUUCUACCGACGUGUCUUCUCACCACAGACGCUAUCAAACAUUUUGAUCACCUUCGGCAUCACCUUCGUGACCGUUACCCACGUUGCAAUCCUCUUUGCAACCAUCUUCUCGUGUUCCCCCAUUGCACGCGCAUGGAACAUUGCCAUCCCCGGCCGGUGCAUCAAUCCCACCAUUCUUCCAUAUCUAUCCGGUGCUCUCAGUUCGGCAACCGACUUAUACGUGCUUAUCCUGCCAAUAUACCCAGUCUGGAACUUACAUAUGAAACUGCGCCGCAAGAUCAAACUUCUUGGUGUAUUUGGUCUCGGUAUUUUUGCUGUAGCUGCUAGUUUGGUCCGACUUGCGGAAACCCCGGUUCUGAAAAGCAGUCCCGAUGCUACAUGGAACAUUUCUCGACUGGCUGUCUGGGCUGUCAUCGAAGCCAACGUUGGAAUCUUCUGUGGAUGUCUAUUGCUCCUCCCAGCAUUCCUUGACCGCCACUUGCCCAAGUCCAUCGCAUCCUCGAUCAAGGGACUAUUCUCUACUUCCAACAGCCGAAGACUCGAAAAGGGCGGCAGCUCCGAUGCCUCUUCAAAGCAGUACUCCUGGCCUAACUCAACCCAUAGCCACAAGGUCUCAGUAUCUACCUCUUCAAAGCAACACAGCUAUCAAGAGCUCAACCCUUCAAACAGUGUGCACGAUGCCGUUUAA